UAAAAAAAUGUCUGAAUUGUUACCGAGAAAACGAUGUGGACCGGAGGUCGGCCCAGAUCCUGUGGGCAGAUCCGGAGAUUGGAGAGGCGGUGCCUGCUUUCAUUGCCAAAGUAGCAAAGGUUCCCCAUCGAUGGUCGGCCAGUUCCUUUUCGUUGUUCUGAUUCUGGUCACGUUCAAAUAUGGUUGAACCGAGGGGGAAGCGCGCCAUCAUUGUUCUAUCUUCAUCUUCUUCCGAAGAAAUUGAUGAUCACGACAUGGAAGACUCAAUCAGUGACGACGACUGCGCUGACGACGAGGAGGAGGGACAAUCUCUGGAUGACGAUGACGAAAAUUCUGACGACAGUGAUGAUGAGUCCCUCUCCAACAAAGUUUUUGCCCUUUUUCAAGAAGGAAGUGAUUUAAAAUAUCUGAAAUUUAAAGAAUGCAAAGCAUAUCUGCGUAAAAAUGGCCUCAGACUGGCAGGGAAUAGAGAUGUUUGUAUUGAGAGAAUAAGAGAGCAUUGGAGGAUCAAAGAUGGACGUGGGUAUACACUUUAUCCGAGAUCAUCCUUUAUUAUUGAUUGUACUGGUGAUGUGUGUAAGGGAGAUGUUGUCCUGUUCAGACAGAUGGUUUAUGAAAAGUUUGAUAAAGUCAGUAAGCGAGGAAGACAUGUGGGAAAGAGAACUGUUGCUGGGAGGGUAGUUAAGGAAAGCUAUGGUGCAACAAAGCAGCAACAUACCUUUACAGUUGAGGUCAUAUGGAGUGACGGGGUUAAAAAAUUUCCUCCACUGUUUCCUUUGCUUGUUAAGGGCCGCAAUCUCUAUAAAUUGAAAACAUACAGACAGAGAUGGAAACAUGAAGCUGAAAGAGUCAAAGUGCUUUCUGAGAAGCACCAACGUGGUGCAGAGGCAAGGCUUGUUAGAGCAACGAGGCAAAAGAAGGGAAAAUGGAGUGCAAAUGGAGGUUUCAAUGGCCAUUGUGAAAUCCGUCAUACCAAACCAUCAAAACUGAGAGUAUCACGUACCUAUGAUAUGGGAAAGGUGAAGCAGCUUGACGGACAUCGAAGAGCAAUCUCUGGCCGCCAGCCUCUAGAGACCACUUCAACAAGACAAGCAGCUAGGAAAACAAAUGCAUCUUCAAGAACAUUCAGAUCUGCAAGUGGAUGGGAUGAAUCCGUUGACUGCUAUCAACUUCCAGUUCAUUCCUUUUAUGCAAAUUAUUCACGAAAUUCUCAUCAGUCUAAAGUGAAUUGUCAGAAGAAAUGAAGCAUGAAUUCCCACCUUUGAGGUUUUGUGUUGAUGAAAUUGCUUCACCCCGGUCAUGAAAUCUGGCUUCCUGCGCUACUAAUCUUGCCUACACAAACCUGAGAUACAGCUCUCAAGGCCUUUGAAUGCAGAACUUGUAGACAGGCCACCGCAUCCAUUUCCUUCAGGGAACCAAGAUGCUUGGAUGGAGGAAUUGUAGUUUAUGAGUUGAUCUGUUUACCCUUGUCAAUAUUGAGACUCUCGGGUUCUAUGCAAAUGCACAGGUCUCACUCUAUUAGAUUGUAAAACACAGCUUUCAUCGUCCCCUGAUUAGAUUGAUGAUAGGUGAAUAUGAGCGUUCGUUGCUUUUCUGGUGUCGGGUUAGUUUUAUGGGACUUAUCCACUGCUUCCAUUUUUUUCUUUUUGGCGAACAACUGCUUCCGUAUGUUGGAAGUUGCUUCCUUGUAAUGGACCGACUGUAGAAGUGACCUCAGAUGCAUGUAAGUGUAUCCAAGUCUUUUGGUUUUAGUCGCAGGUCCUUAGACAAAUCUUUAAUGCCGGGAGCUUUCCACUGGAAGUCUACUAAUCCGGAUGUUGGUCUAUGGUUGUCUUGGUUAAACUAUGUGGCUGACUUACUGGUUCUCGUUAUUUUGCA